AUGGACUACCCAGCCUUCCUACGCGGACCACCCCCAUUUGGCCGCUCGAUGGGUCGGUUCGAUGAAUACUACCGCUGUUACCCCGUGGUCAUGAUGAGCGGACCUGAUAGAAAGAAUGUCAACUAUGGUGGAAAGGUGUUCAUGCCACCAUCGGCGCUGGACAAACUGACGAGACUCCACAUUACAUAUCCCAUGGUGUUUGAGUUGAUAAACGGGAAUGCUGGCAAGAGUACGCAUGCUGGUGUGCUUGAAUUCAUCGCAGAGGAAGGGAGGAUAUAUCUACCACAAUGGCUGAUGAAAACCCUCGAGUUGGACCCUGGCGACCUUCUUCAGAUCAAGUCGACAGAUCUCCCUCCUGGCAAAUUUAUCAAGCUCCAACCUCAGUCACCCGCUUUCCUCGACAUCUCCGACCCACGGGCCGUGCUCGAAAACGCAUUCCGAAACUUCUCGUGUCUGACAAAGGGCGAUAUAUUUACAUUUGAAUACAACGACCAGACAUACGAUAUUGCCGUGCUGGAGAUCAAGCCAGACACAGAUUCGCACGCCAUCGUGACUAUGGAGACCGACCUGGAAGUCGAUUUCGCCACUCCUGUUGGAUAUGUGCCUCCCGAGCGAACGAGUGGGACAAGCACACCUAGGAGCGGCGUGGGAAGGCCACAUGGCGGACCGGUGCAUUUUCAGGGUACCAUGGCACAGUCGAUCAACUACGGAAGCAUAGCCCCGUCCUCAAACACAGCUGCCGCUGGAGCCCGCGCAGUGUCCUCGCAUUUCCUUUCCGAGGGCCACAAGCUCAGUUCGAAGAGGGGAUCGAAAGCUCCGACACCUAGCGCAUCUACACCUGUUGGAGGUGUAUCCACAAAUGCCACGAAAUCUCCACCACCGAGAAGAACAAAUGGACCCCAACCACUGCGUCUGGCACCUGGAAAGCUGUUCUUCGGGUAUGAGGUCAAGCCACUACGUAAGCGGGAUGACAAUGGCGAGCCUGUGGGAAGCGAUGAAGUGAAGCCUCACUUUAAGGGACAGGGACAGACACUACGCCAGAAGAAACGUGCUGGCGGCGGAGGGUUGGAUUCUGGAACGACGAGUGGCGUGAAUAGUGAUGCUGAGGGUAAAGCCAAACCCAAGGGCACUGGACGGAGGUAG